GGGCUGCACAGCCCUGCCGCGCCGGGGCUGCUGGCCCGGCCCUCCCCGCUUUCGCUUCCUUUCCCAGGGCAGCUUGCACUUUGUUCCUGCUUGGAACAAGUGCCUCUGUUUGGCUUUAUUGUACAAAAGACCGUAUUUACAUAAUCGGGGGAAAGGUUGGUCAGAAGCUUUUUCAGACGCUGCCACGAGCCACAUUGAGCAGGACCUGUGCCGAGAGGAGGAGGAGGUGAUCUCUGCAAAGCAGGUGAGGCCAGGUGGUGAAGAGCAGGAUGGACCCAGAUGUGCUGAACAUGUUUGUCAUUGCUGGUGGCACCUUGGCCAUCCCUAUCCUGGCCUUUGUGGCCUCCUUCCUCCUCUGGCCCUCAGCGCUCAUCCGCAUCUACUACUGGUACUGGCGCAGAACCUUGGGUAUGCAGGUUAGAUAUGCAACCUACGAUGACUAUCAGUUUUGUUAUUCGUACAGAGGGAGACCUGGAUACCGACCAUCCAUCCUGAUGUUACACGGGUUCUCAGCCCACAAAGACAUGUGGCUGUCCAUAGUCAAGUUCCUGCCAAAGAACCUGCACUUGGUGUGUGUUGACAUGCCUGGCCACGAGGGCACAACCCGCUCAGCCUUGGAUGAUUACUCCAUUAGUGGGCAAGCAAAGAGAAUACACCAGUUUGUGGAGUGCAUCAAGCUGAACAGAAGGCCCUUUCAUCUGGUUGGCACUUCCAUGGGGGGAAAUGUGGCUGGUGUCUAUGCUGCUCAGUACCCAGAAGACAUUUGCAGCCUGACCCUCAUCUGUCCUGCAGGCCUGCCAAGUACUACUGACAGCAAGUUCAUUAAGCAGCUUCGGGAGCUGCAAGAGUCCAAGUCCAUCGACAGGAUCCCGUUAAUUCCCUCAACACCUGAGGAGAUGGCAGAUAUGCUGAAGCUUUGCUCCUACGUUCGCUUCAAAGUGCCACAGCAGAUCCUCCAGGGCCUGGUCGAUGUUCGCAUCCCUCACAAUGACUUUUAUCGGAAAUUGUUUUUAGAAAUCGUGGAUGAAAAGUCCAGACACUCUCUCCAUGAGAACAUGAGCAAGAUCAAAGUGCCGACGCAGGUCAUAUGGGGAAAGCAGGACCAGGUCCUGGAUGUUUCUGGUGCCAGUGUUUUAGCGAGCGCUAUCCCGGACUGCCACGUGUACAUCCUGGAGAACUGCGGGCACUCGGUGGUGGUGGAGCGGCCCCGCAAGACAGCCAACCUCAUCCUGGAGUUCCUGGCACUGAUGCACAGCAUGGACAACAACAAGAAGCAGGCGUGAGCGUGGCGGGGAGCUGAGCACCCACGCAGGGUCUUUUAAAUUGUAAAGUACUGCAGCUUUGAUAAGUUCUCAGGGAUUUUGUACGAAUCGGGUGAAUGUGCCAAAGUCCCUGAGGAAGGCAGAAUCACUGAUACCUAAACCUAUAGCACCAACGGCACAGCGGCCUAGGGGUCAUUGAGCAACCUCCAUAGAUGCAGGAACGGAAGCAGAAUCUCUCCCUUUUCUACUUAAAUAUAAAGUAGAAAUGAGCUGAAAUCACCAAGCAUUAGCCAUGCCGUGUGCUGAAGCUCCUUAUGCAGACACCCACCCUACCUGAGUUACUGGCACAUAGUUGUUAAUGACAUUUCCCUAAACUGUGUAAGAAGCGUAGGAAGGAGGAACCAUCCUGGACUGAGACUUACAAUAUUUGUACUACUUAGAGUCCUUUGCAUUGCAUGCUCCCGUGCUGUAAGAGAACCCCAGUGCCCCAGGCAUCUGCUCGAGUGCUCUUUGUGUAGCUCCUUAACCCAUGAUUUAUGCAGAAAACCACAGAAAACGUCACGUGUGAAAGUCCAAUUGACUGUAUGUGCAAAAAUGUUUACACUUUGAGUGGGUUUUUUAAAAUCCCCGAACAGCUCCUGUGUACGUGUAAUGCCUUAACACUGCCCGGGGUGGGGCGGCGGGGACAGCCCGCCUUGCCCGGGGGGUGGUUCCCCCGAGGGUGAACACAGCGAGUGGAAACUCGGGGUGCAGAGAGCAGCUGUGUGAGCCAGAGGGAUGGAAACUGCCCGGGGUGACUCGGUCCCUGAGCCCGAGUCAGCAACAAGGGUGUGAGUCAGCACGCUCGGGCGAGCUCUUGUCUCAGCUCCUCUAUCCCACCGCGCUGCUGAACGUGGUGAUGUAAAUAACGACUUUCUUAAUGAAUUCCGUGAAUUCUGCGAAUGCUGACUUCACUCAAACCAGGCGUGAGGGGUGGGAGCGGGCUGUGUGUGGGACUGGCACAGGGGCUGAGGGCUCCAGGGCUCGGUGGGCAGCCAGGGGGCACAGCUCUCCUGCCGGGUGCUGGGCGGUAGGUGCCGUGUGCUUCUGCAUCCUCUCAAUGAUUAUAACUCCUGACUGAGUGAAACUAGGUACAGAAAUGGGCACUGCAGACAAGCUAUGCUUUGCAGCCUGCAAGGUGACAUAUGGGCACGGGUCCUGUACCCUGCUGGGUGGGGUUCCUCACCGCGUGUCCCAGGGGGAGAGGGCUGGUCCUGGUCUGGGGCAGGACCGGUGGCUGCUGGAGAGCAAGGCAGUGCGUGUCCUCUCAAAGGCACAGCAGCAGAUGGCCAUCAUGCCUCGGCCACCCCCUGCCCUCCUCGGGUUGACACCAGGUGCUGCUGGAGCCCCCCCGAAGUACACACACUGGUGGUGCUGACAGCCAUCUUCUCACCAUCUUUCCAUCUUACCCUGUUCUGUACCUCUACCUGAAACUCCUCGUCAGCUUCUCUGCUCUUUUUAAGAGAAGAAACCUUGUUCUUUUAGAAAAUUUGUGAUUUGCUGUUGAUUGCUUGGUUAUUGUUUCUACUGUGGGAGUUGAUGUAAAAAAAAAAAAUAUAUAAAAAAUCGCCAAUAGUUGUAUGUGGUAAAAGCCAGAAAAAGCUGGUGGGUAUCUAUAUGGUUUCUCAUAUGCCACAGAUUGCUGUAUUCAAAUUAUUUAUAUGGCUAUUAAAAUCUAGUGAUUUAAGGA